AAAGUAGAUAUUUAUCGCACCGGGUGGAUUGUGCACUUCCAGUUUCUCGAUAUCAGACGGUUCAGUUUUCGCUCGUAUUCCGUCGUGAACGCGUCGUCAUCUACGUUUUUUGUACUAAGUUAUUGUAGUUUUGUUAAUGUUCGAAUCUAAUCAAUCGGACUGAAAAGUGUUCGGAGAAUGCCUACCGAAGGCGAUUCAGGGGCCCCUGAGUCCGAAUAUGAUACGCCGGGUAUUCCAAGAGUCGUUGUAGAAUCUGUUGAAGACCCUACUCCUCAACGAGUCAGCCUUUAUCCUGUAUUGAACCUCGAGAAUGAGAAGCCGACGCACGUUCCAGCUGUAACACCGCCGAUGACAUCGCGAAUAGAACUGGAAGUCCCCAGCCCCGAUGACACCUUCGAUCCCACUCACACACCGACGGUAUCGUACCGAAAGCGGCCCGUCUCGGUCAUAUCCAACAGCAGACCUCCGGUGAUGCAACGAGCCGUCUCAUAUCAGCCUUCCAUGGGAGGACACUCACAUCGGUCACAUGGCUCGACUUCGGCCAACGAGAACCUGAUCCCACCGCCAUCCACUCCGGAGGAAAAGAAGAAAUUCACUUUCCGAUAUUUGGCCGUGGUGACGGCACUGAGCUACACGAUAUUCUUGGUGGUGUUCGGGUUGAUAGCGUUCGUGACGGACGCUGUGGAGAACAAUGCACGAUACCCACUGGCGGAAGUCUUCGGGCUGUACAUGGUUUCGGUGGGGAUUGUGUAUUUUGCGUUCUUGUACACGAAUAUAAGGUUACACGUUCACAGAACUCAUAGAGCUAUUGAGGAGUUGGAACGAAGGCAACAGGCUUAUGACGAUAUGAUGGCCAAGACUUCGGCGCAGUUCAAUCAUGGACCAUUAGCGUUGAACAUCAAUGCUCCCCAGAAGAAUACAGCUCAUGAUUGGGAUAUGCCAAAGCUUGAACCAGUUCCACAUCUGUACUGUUUUGUGAGCGGUAGACAUGGAGAGUUCAUUUAUCUAAAGCUAGGAGCCACUUGGUUCUGUUUCGGACUUUUAAUCCACUCAGUGCUGCUGCUGUCAUACCAAGGAAUUUUGAUGAACAGCACCGAUGGUAAAUGGGCUGAAUGUGCAUCCAACGUUACCAUUGCUCUGGAAGUUCUGUUCCUUAGCUACUGCUUAUUUUUGGUUUUCUUCUUCUGGAAAUAUGCAAACGUGGUCAUUAAUCACUAUCGAGGGUUGGCACGAUUUGGAUUGAUGCACGCUAUCGGUACAGCCCUAGCAUUCUGGGUUUACACAAUCGUGCGGGAAACGCACGUAGCAAUCAGGAUAAAGCAAUCGUACGAGGACAAUGCGAUUAAAAAAGUUGACAAGCUGGCAAUGGAGUUUUGCCCAGGGCCUGAGGAAUUGAACAACAUUUUGGUGACGUUUUCGCCGUAUCUGUAUCCGUUUGUGAUUGAGUUCAACAUUUUAAUCGUUGGCUUGCUGUAUAUGAUCUACGCGAACAUCAACCGGUGUCCGAAGAAGCUGUCCGUCAAAGGCCACGGCGGGCAUGGACACGGACAUGGUCAUGGCAGUCAACGAAGUGUGCACUCUACUGAUGAGGAUAGUGUGUGUUCGGACGUGCAGGACAAUACCAUCGACCACGAUAUCGAGGUUAAAGGGAAGAUGGUAGUUUAUGGUGAUUGUCACGCUUCGAGCCGAGGGCUGUUCGUGGGGCUGCUGCUGAUUGUGGCUACUGUAGUCGUCAUCAUUUUGUUCCACAUUGCCGCCAGGGAUGACGAGUACCGUGACACAGGUAUUCUCCUGGAUUCCAUCUUCGAGCUCGUCGUCCUAGCGAUCAUGACCUUUGCCGUCCUCCUGGCGUACUACCAAACCUCCAAGCUGGACAUCAACCAGCAUCCAAUUUCACGUAUGGAUGACGUGCUGCUCUUCAUAGCCAUCCCGGCGUUCUUUUCCGAAACCCUCUUCAGCAUGAUACCGGCCUUCGAAAACCGAUCCAUCCUCAAUGGUUUCAUCAUCUUCACGCAAUUGCUACAAAUCCUCAUUCAAACGCCCUGGAUCAUCGACACCCUUCGGCGGUGUUCAAACUCCCCUGAACUGCGGAAAAAGAAACCCGGCAAAGAACUCGUAACCUUCCUGACAAUCGCCAACGUGUCGCUGUGGAUCUACUACACAUUUUCCGUCAAAACCGGCGACUUUGGCGACGAAAGAUACGACUUCUACGGUGACGUCCUCUGGUCGAUUUUGAAUCAUCUUUCGUUGCCGCUGAUAAUGUUCUACCGGUUUCACGCUUCCGUGUGCUUGGUGGACAUCUGGAGACAUUCGUACGAACCGGGAGAAUUCGCCCACUGACGAGAUGCGAACUUGAUGCGAAGACACCACGAUAUUACGCCAAGAUGAUACGGAGUUCCUAACUGCUGGAUCGGAGGAUAACGUACGCUUGAAGAGGAAGAACAUGACGCCCUAAUCUGGAGGUAGAUAACGGCGGACGAACAGCCGCUGGACUGUGCGAUAGCGCGAAUAGUGAUACCAAAGUUGACCCGACCAAUGUCGUACUGUGGAUACUGAUAAAUACACGCUGUACAUACAUUUCAUUAGACAUUAAUUCGAA